GCUCCAAACGAGGAGGAGCUUGCAGGCUCAAGUAGGGGAUGCCAAUCAAAGCAUCAACUUCAAAUUGUAUCUGAGAGAUCAGCCUGGAGACCUCAGGGCCAGGCGCGUCAGUCGGAGCGCAAUUGUUGAUCAGAUCACAUCCAGCGGACUUUGCGCGAGAGAAAAAAAAGAGAGAGAGGGAGAGAGAGGGGAAGCCGAGAUUUAAGAGCGGUUUGUUCUGACUGCAUACCUCUUGCAUGUCUCUAGUAUAGCAGCGACUUUGGCUUAAACAUUUUUCCCCUUUACUCCUCCGGGUUCUGUCGUUUUUCCUCUCCUUUUUUCUCCCACCUCGCACACUUUUUUUUUUUUUAGACACAGUUGAUCGGGACGGUAGAGCUGUGUGGAGAUGUCUUUCCCACAGUUAGGCUACCCGCAGUACCUCGGUGCGUCCCCGGCGGUGUACGGGGGCGACCGGGCGGGAGUGCUGACCUCGUCCCGGGGAGGGAGCUCCGAGCUCGGGGGAAGCCCGUCCGCCGCCGCGGCGGCCGUCUCCUCCGUGCUGGGCAUGUACGCCAACCCGUACGCACACAACUACAGCGCUUUCUUACCUUACACCAGCGCGGACUUGGCUCUAUUCUCACAAAUGGGAUCCCAGUAUGAGCUGAAGGAGAGUCCCGGCGUGCAUCCUGCCAGCUUUGCGGCCCACACGUCCCCCGCCUUCUACCCGUACGGCCAGUUCCAGUACGGGGACCCGGCCCGGCCCAAGAACGCCACCCGGGAGAGCACCAGCACCCUGAAGGCCUGGCUCAACGAGCACAGGAAGAACCCGUACCCCACCAAGGGCGAGAAGAUCAUGCUGGCCAUCAUCACCAAGAUGACCCUCACGCAGGUCUCCACCUGGUUCGCCAACGCCAGGAGGAGGCUGAAGAAGGAGAACAAGGUGACCUGGGGCAGCAGGAGUAAAGAAGACGGCGAGGAGGACGGACACCUGUUCGGCAGCGGGGACGAGGCGGAGAAAAACGAAGACGAGGAGGAGAUCGACUUGGAGAGCAUAGACAUAGACAAAAUCGACGACAACGACGGGGAUCAGAGCAACGAGGAGGACGACGAUAAGUCGACGGAGGGCAGCAGGGAGCAGCUCCGGGGAGACCUGGACAGCCUGGAGAAGCGGCGGGCCUUCGCCCUGCAGGCCCACGAGGCCCUGGAGAAAUCUAAGAGCGCACUUUCAGCACACUCGGGCGGCAAGGAGAACUCGGAACACGGAAACAACAACAACACCACGAGGGUUUUAUCCCCGGACAGACCCGGGAGCUUUCCUCUCCCGUCCGCCAAUAAACCCAAAAUAUGGUCGUUGGCGGAGACGGCCACUAGUCCCGACAGUUCCUCUCAGAAGGCCGCGUCCCCCCCCUCGCACCCGGCGGGGCCGCACCACCACCAGAUCCAGGCCCACCCGGCUUUCCUGCCCAGUCACGGACUGUACACUUGCCAGAUUGGGAAGUUCCACAACUGGACGAAUGGGGCUUUCCUGGGCCAGAACUCCCUGCUGAAUGUGAGGUCGUUUCUGGGAGUAAAUCAGCACCAUCAUCACCACCAUCACCAGCAGCAACAGCAGCAGCAGCAGCAGCAGCAGGCGGUGUCGGUGUCACCGGUAGGAGCUUCAACAGCGCUCAGCAACGACAGCAAAGUCCCAGCAGAGACACACAGUCCCAAGCACAUAGAGCAUGAAAACAGCGUAAGAUCGGAUUCACCUCAAACACAGACACAGACCCUGAAGUCUUCCUUUCGACCCAUUCACGACAGAUCCUCUCUGCCUUCCAGCGCCAGGAGUCCACAAGACGCCACGCAACGGGUCCUCACUGCACUCUCCUCGGCUUGAUCAAGACCAUUUAUUCCUCGCUUGAAAAAAAUACACAAAUUAAUAAUAAGAAUGAAAAAAAAAGAAAUACUGUAAGAGAAAAGAGACUUUACGCUCCCUCAAAAAGGACAAUGAGAAAUAACACCGCAGUGUAGCAUUCAGUCCAUACAGAACAAAUGGCGUAAUUUGGUAAUAUACCGUGGAUGGAUGGAUGGAUGGAUUACUUCCUCUAUUGUUGUGUAGCCUAUAAUCGCGCCUAUAAUGUUACUCUCUCUUCCACUUCACCCAGACAGGCUGGGCCAUUUUGGUAGGCUUUUUACUUUAUUAUAUUAUAAUUAUAAUAAUUAUUAUUAUAUUAUUUGUCUAAAUCUUGUGUUUUUGGUGUUUUUUCUUUCAUGUAAAUACCAAGUGAUUUAAAUUUGUAAAUAGGAAACAUUGAAGGAAUUUGUCCAGAUCGUAUAUUUUGCCUAAUAAA